AUGUCGUCUAGCUUCGAAACACUACCCGAUGAGAUUCUCAUGAUUAUUAUUCGAUAUUCUGGCAAUUUUUAUUCCAUUUUUCGUACAUUUUGCGGUUUAAAUCAACGUCUCAAUCGAAUUCUUAUCGAUCGGCGAUUACAUCUUUUGACUGAUUUUCUUUGUAUCGAUAAUCACACUGCUGAUGCUGCUGAGUAUUACAACUCCCCAUUGUUUCGUGUGAUACUACAAAAAGUAUGUUCAUUACGUAGUCAUGAGCUUGAUACUGAACUGCGUUCGUGUUUUCAACAGUUAGUAUCAUUUCAUAUUCAUGGAAAAUAUAGACAACUUGAACAUGAAUUUAUAUCGAGUCGCGAACGGUUUCAAUCAAUACGUGCCAAUCUUCAUCCUGAUGAAAUAGAUCUUCAAGAUUCGACAUUAAAGAAAACAUUCAAUGAAUUUAACUCUACUUCAUCACAACUCGAAAUAGUUCAUCGUUUGAGAACUCUUGUUCUACAAACGGGUGCUCGUCUUGCACCCUAUAGUGCACAAGGAGCAUUCAAUCUAGCAGUUGCCAUUAAUCGAUAUUUAUUGGCUUAUUCAAGUACUCUUCGGGAUUCACAUCGAUCGCACGCUCAUUCCAUCGUAGAAAUGUUCAAAGCAUUGAUUAUCUCAAAUCCAAAUCUUGUACACAACGUAGAUGAUGGUGACAGAAGCGGUCCAAUAUAUCUCCUUUUAAUUGAUGGAAUUUAUCGACUAAAAUCUUUCUAUUCUUCUUCAUCAGCAAUUUCGAUCAAUGUACGAAGAUAUCAAGCGAUAAUAGAAUUAUUACUAUUUGUUAUUCAUUGUUUAAGACACGUCUUCAAUAGAACGUUUUCGUUAAUCAGUGAUCUUCUGAAUAAUUUUCAAUGCAUGAAUUCAAUUGACAAUGAUAUCGAUAAACAAAUAAUAAUUGAAACAAGUCAAAUAGAAAUAUGCAACAUUCUAUUCGAAGAAUUUUCUCGCAAAGAAUUAGUUCUCGAUGAAUAUUGGGAUCAUGCACCAUUAGAACGUGGAUUAAAAAACUUGAUGGUAACAAGUCGAGUUGAUGCUAUCCUAUCCGUCGGUCAUCAGGAAAAAUUCUUACAAGUGUUUUUUCAAUGCUCAGAUCAUGGUGUCAGAUUGCUUAAUAUGAUGACGAGAAAUCGAACAGGAAGAUUAUUAUUUCAGCGACUAUUAGAUGAAAAACAUCUGAAGUCAUGGUUUGCAAAUAUCAAAUUAUUAUUCAUUCUUCUAGAUAAAAAGGAACGUAAAUUAAUCAAGAAACUAUUACGGUUAAUACCAGCAUUAGUUCAAGAAAUCGAUGAUGAUAGCAAUGAUGCAUUACUGUAUAUUUGUCUUAAAGUAGCUGGCUGUCGACAUAAGCUAGUUGCAUUUUUAAUUCAGGUGGGAUGCGAUGUACAUCGAAAAAAUAUUCAUGGUGAACAUUUUUUUCAAGCUUUACAACUAAGAAAAAAUAGAACGUUACUUGAAAGAUUAAUUGAACAUGAAAUAAUCGUCAAGGAUGAUGAAACUGGACUGUUUCAAGUGACUUUCGGAGAGGGUUAA